CAUUUUUCAUUUACCCACUUCCCCUCACUGCUCUUUCUUUUCGUCGCUCAUAGGAUUCUGUUUUUCGUCCUCCUUUAUCUGAAAAUUGUAUAUAAGAUUUUUAAUUAUACUUUUGUUAGGCACAUUUUGACCUUAGUUCCCGACAGUGGAUCUAUGGCUUGGAGGUAUCCGGGUAGCCUUUUUGGUUCCCGUUGGAAUUUUUCGAGUGUUUUUCAGGUAUGGAGCUAUUUUCUUGACAUUUACAUGAGAUUUCAUGGAAGCACCAGUAGUUCUGCAUAUUUCUGAUGCUGGUGUGCCAUGGUGCCUGUCCACUGCCAUGCAGAGUAAAGAAGCAUGAUACUAGCUAUUUCUAAUCCGAAGCAUCUAAAUUUUCUUUUAAAAAAAAUAGAAGAAGAAAAGUUAAGAAAAGAAGAGAAAUAUUUCAACGGAUAUGCUAUUCUGUUGAGAUCUGUAUGUGAAGACCUAUUUAUAAUGGUUCGAUUUGUUGCAAUUGAAACUCUCCUAGAAGAAAAAAAGAUGACAGUAUAACAAUACUUCAAAUGCAGGGCACAAUAAGGGAGGUUGAACCUGGUUGUCACACUAUCAAAUCUCAUGGAGUCCAAGUGGCAAGAGAUCACAAGCAUGAUUGGCUUAUAUUGCUGCUUCUUGUAAUGUUAGAGAUCAUUCUACUUGUCAUUCAUCCAUUUUACCGCUUUGUGGGAAAAGAUAUGAUGGAUGACCUUAAAUAUCCUUUGAAAGAUAACACAGUACCUGUGUGGGCUGUUCCAAUCUAUGCUGUUCUGUUGCCGAUUGUCAUUUUUAUUCUAUUCUAUCUUCGUAGGAGGGAUGUAUAUGAUCUGCACCACAGCAUACUAGGCCUCUUAUUUUCUGUGCUGAUCACUGCGGUUAUCACGGAUGCAAUAAAAGAUGCAGUUGGACGGCCUCGGCCAGACUUCUUUUGGCGCUGCUUUCCUGAUGGAAAAGAUGUGUAUGAUCAGUGGGGAGAUGUUAUAUGCCAUGGAAAGGAUAGCAUUAUAAGGGAGGGACAUAAGAGCUUCCCAAGUGGUCACACUUCGUGGUCCUUUGCAGGCCUGGGUUUCCUAUCAUUGUACUUAUCAGGAAAGAUUCAAGCAUUUGACCGCAAAGGGCAUGUUGCAAAACUAUGCAUUGUUUUCCUCCCUCUACUUGCUGCAUCUCUUGUUGGAGUUUCUCGGGUGGAUGACUAUUGGCACCAUUGGCAAGAUGUGUUUGCUGGAGGUCUUCUAGGGCUUGUUGUUGCAUUUUUUUGCUAUCUGCAGUUCUUUCCUCCUCCAUAUGAUAAUAAUGGAUCGGGCCCCUAUGCAUACUUCAAAAUGUUAGAGGAGUUGAGGGCCAACAGAGAAGCAGCCCAUUCUGUGAAUGUGCAAGAUGCGCAAGGAAUGGAGGUUGUUUUACCUCAGCAACCUUCACGAAACAACAAAGGGUUUAUGCCAUUAUCUCUUGACCAUGAUGCUACUGAUUCUUUGGAUCAAAUGGAAGAUGGGAGGAGGUAAUGUCAUUUGUCUUGCACUUGUUUGGGUCCAUGUCCCCUGUAAUUAACUUAGGCUUGUAUUAUGUAACCGACAAUCUCCUGCAUUCACUGAAUCUUUACUUUCUGCAACUUGAAGAUGUAAAUCAAGUCCUUGCAUUGACUAAAUAUUUUACAGUUGUGGUAUCUGUAAAGAAAUGCACAUUCACUAGUAAUGUUACGAGGGACAAUCUUUUUUCA